AUGCGCUCCUUCAUCUUGAUGGCCGUCAUGGCCCUGCUGGCUUUCGUCUCCGCCAUGCCAAUCACUCCUUCGGCUCCCCAACUUCAGAAGCGCGCUGAGCAGUUCCGACUUGAGGGUCUGCGUGAGUUCGACAUCGCCGAGCGCCUCUCAGCACCAAUCAUCGACUCGGACGAAGUCGAACCCUUCAUGACCCGCUUCCACUCCAGGCUCUCCGCCCUGCUUGAAUCUCUGUCGAACGCGGACGAGGAAGAGAUCGACGCUGAGGGCGAUGUUGCACCUGGGUCGAUGGAGGCUCCUCAGAUGCUCCCCAAGGCUGCCGCACAUGGAUCAAGUUUCUACCAGUCACUAUGCGCACUUUUCCACGGUGGCAAGGAGGACUACGGUUACGAGGGCAAGGAGCUGGAGCUGCGCAGGCCUGAGGGGAUGAAGCACUGGGGUGAAGGUCGUUAA